AAAGAGGCUCAGUCAUUGGAGUGCAGGACACGAGUCCAGUAAUGGCGGGACGCGAUUCUCAAACUCAAAAGCCACUCCAAACCGUAGUAUGUAGUCCAAUAAGCUCUGCCGGAGGCUGCAACUCAAGCAACUCAAGCUCUAGAGAUUUAGAUCUCUUCUGGGUUCAAGAAGAGGUUUACAAAGUCCGGAUUGAUUUCGAGGCUCUUAAGGUGCCUGUUGAGGCCUUAUUUGUAGAAUCGAAGUGUUUUUUUUCCCCCUCUUUCUGAAUCUGGAUGGAUCGAUGGUUGUGCUUGGAUCAUGCAAAGAAUGAGGAGGGAGUGCACACUAGAGAUGAAUUUAUUAGGCAAAUGUUAGGGCUCAAGAAGAAGAUGACGUCAACCUGAUGCGAUUUUCUAUCUUGGUUUUUGACUCUGUCAUUUGUCUCCUGCAUGGAUAAGAAGUAAGCAUGGAAGGAAAUUUUGGGAGAUGUUGACCUAUAAUUUGCACAACGAUACCAUUGAACUCUCAUCAACCACAUGGUAAGGUGGAAGUCUGCUUGUGGCUUACUAGUAAAUCCUCCUAUGAACUGUUAGCCAGUGCCUGAGCCUUCAUUAUCUUCAAUAUUGCUGAGCAAGCCCAGGUCCUUUGAUGGCUGGUUUGUUGUUUUCUUCCUUUUGCUCUUUCUGCAGGGGGAAAGAAAACCUCUUGUGGGAUGGUUCCAGUGAAGUGUUUUUGGUAGGUUUAUCAUUACCUUUCUCACAACUGUAUGGGUUCUGCUCAUGAUGCUUGGUUCCCAGAUAUGAGAAUUCCCUGCUCAAAAGUCAGAUCAGUAGUUUUUUCUACUCUUUUGAUAUGAUUCUGCUGAAUUAUUUAUCUGUUUUUUUUCAAUUUUAAACUAAUCUCUUAGGUGGUAGUGCACAAACCCAAAGAUUCCAAAUCUUCAAGCUCAUGAAAAUUGCAAGCAUUGACUGAUCUCAAUCUUCCAGUCAACAGCUUUCUUCCCAAUAUUAAUGUAAGGAUCAAGUUGUUUGAUCAGUUUUUCUUGUUUAGUAAUCUCUCAAAUCUAGCCCACAUAAGAUGCUAACUUAAAACUCUGUAAAAAGUGGGAAAGGGUUUUAAUUUGCUCCUUUCAGUAGCUGUUUUAAUCAAUAUCUUAGCUAUUUUAAAUUUAUAAUCAUACUGUACUAUAAUCUAAGACAAAUAUAAAUACCUAUGGGCUAGGAUUAAUCAUUUUCUUUUAUCUCUCUGUUGUUCAGGAAAGAAACAAAGUUUUUGCAUUUAAAACCAUUAUUUAGUGCCACUGUCAUCUAAAAUAAAAAAUAUGGUUUCAUUAGAUUCAAAGAUGAAGCCAAAUACCGGCUCAUGAUUGCCCACCUGCUUCCAUGUGGAAUUAUUAUUCGGGGUAUUUGCUUCAUAGCAUGCUCAGUAAGUGAUGGAUUAGACCAACAUCCUUGUCCACACUUCCUUUUCUGCUUCUCUGAUUAGUGACAAAAGAUUUCUCAUGGAUCUAGUGUAUAGUGCAUUGGUUGCAGUUUCUAUUUGUAAAACAAGUGUUAGGAGUGUCGAAGGUUUAAAGAUUGACUCCUUGUCACAUGCAUUCCCACCUCCCUUUCCUAUUAUCUCCUUUUCCCUCUCUAAUAUGUGCUACCUGUUCUACAGGGAAGGCCAUCGUAAUUUAUUCGAAAUUUUAUGAUAUAGAGUUAAAUUUUAACCAUCUUAUCAAAAUCCCAAAUGAAAAAAAUAGGACUGACUUUUUGGAGAAGGAAGCAUCUCUUCACCGUCGUCAUCAUUGGGAUUAGUUUGCAUCAAGAUUUUAAAAUACUAGAUCAAGAUCGAUAUCAAUACAGAUCGACAACACUGAUCGAACUGUAUUGAGCAAAUGUAUCCUUACUUUUUAUUAAAAAUCUGUUUAUAUUAUAUUUUUACCCUUGAAUUUUAUCCUUGUAUUGGGAAUGGAAAGGUCAAGAUCGGGGAUUGGCAUCCUCCGACUUUUUAAUUUUAUUUUUUUGGUAGCCCCGAUCAUAUCGAGGUGGAUUCGCGGGUGAAUCCCCUGUCAGGGUGAAGGAAACCAAAACUCUCCAGAGCACCAAUGUGCCAAGCUGGUAUUCGACAAUUGGAAAAACUUUGUAGUACGUGUCGAGAUGGUGCCAACUGUCGGUGGGCUGGAGAGGGUCCGGGUCCGAAGGUCCGGAAAGUUGUGCGUCUCGUUUGCCGUUUGGAUAUAAGUUGGGAUUCUUGCUCAAUGCCAAGUGGCCCAAGUCGUCUUCUGCCUUCACUAAGUUAUCGAGAACCAAUGAUUAACGCUCCAAAUUUGGUAAGCAGAAAUAAGUUGUAGUACAUGUGGGCCCCAGGUUAGGUAGGUAGGAUGGUAGCUCAUGAAGCCUUUUUCAUGGGUCCCAUUUCCAUCAAAUGGUUCAAAUAUCUUUGAUCCUAUCCCCACUUUAAAGAUGCCCUCGCCUACCAUAAAAAUGUAAGUAUAUUAUAGUUUCUACUACCCUCACUUCCCAAUUUCCAAGUCCUAAGCAAAGCUUAUUUUUUUGAAAAUAAUAGAGGGGCGGGCUCUAAGUUUGUGUGGAGUCGAUGGCCUGAAUAAACCGGUGGCGCCACCGCUUUUCAUCUGAACUAGACAAUCACCGGCGACAAUGGCAAUCCAAAAGCGAUCAUCUUCUGGUACUCAACAGAACAAUUGGACUCGCGAUCUCAAGCAACGAGUCAUCACCAACCUCAACAAGCUCUCCGACAGGGACACUCACGCUGUUGCCACCUCUGAGCUGGAAUCGAUCGCCCGUAACCUCGGCCAUGACUCUUUCUCUCCCUUCCUCAAUUGCAUCUACGACACCGAUUCCUCUGAGACGACUCCAGUGCGGAAACAAUGCGUCCGACUACUCGGUUUCCUAUCGGAGACUCAUGGCGAUGCUCUCUCUCCUUUCCUCUCUAAAAUGCUCGCCAACAUCGUUCGCCGCCUCAGAGACUCGGAUUCUGUCGUCCGACAGGCUUGUGUUGACGCUGUCACGGCCAUGGCUUCCCAAAUUACUAGGCCUCCCUUCUCUGUAUUCUUGAAGCCCUUAACUGAGGCUCUUCUACUUGAACAGGACUACAACGCUCAAAUCGGUUCCGCUCUUUGUCUCGCUGCGGCUAUUGAAGCUUCGCCUGAUCUGGAGCCCUCGCAAUUGCAGAAACUCUUGCCCAGGCUGCUGAAGUUACUCAAGACCGAAUGCUUUAAGGCGAAACCGGCACUGUUGUCGCUCAUUGGGAGCAUUAUUGGGGUCGGAAGUGUCUCGAGUCGUAAAGUCUUGACCAAUUUGAUUCAUUCCAUGAUUUAUUUCCUCAGUUGCGAAGAUUGGGCGGCAAGAAAAGCUGCCGCUGAGGCGUUCGUUAAGCUUGCUAUUAUGGAGAAAGAUCAGUUGUCUGAGUUUAAGACCUCGUGCAUGGAAUCCUUCGAAGCACUGAGGUUCGAUAAGGUGAAGGCUGUUCGGGAAACCAUGAACCGGAUGUUGGAAGCCUGGAAGAUGGUUCCUGACAUUUCUGACGAGGUCUCACCGCCAUCCCAAACGAUAUCUUCUUCGAUAGAAAACGGCAAAGAUGGACGCCUACCUAGUUCUAAAAGCUCUGGUACUCUAGGUUUUGAAACCCCUCAAGUGAGGAAGAAAACAAUCCCAACAAGCAGGUCACCUCCACGGGUUAGUUCAUCUGAGACUACUACUGGGAAAAGAAGCCCUCCGAAGAGUGAUGACAGGAAAUCAAGUCCAACCCUGUUCCGUAAGCUGGACCACAAGCAGUCCCCUGACCGGAAAGUUGAGGUUGCUGAACCUCAUACUUCCUCUGUUACAGUUGUACUCGAAGAUGAUAUUAAGCGGACAGAUGGAGGAGGUCUAGAAUCAGGGGUAGAUGAUAGUGAAUCAGGAAUACAAUUUAGGUCUCAAACAAAACAAGUUCUCUUCAAUGAGAAAUAUAGUGACAAGACACACAAGUUUGGUGGGUUCAGGUCCGGAAACCAUAUUGUUCCAUUUCGUGAGGAGAGUUCUGAUUCUACUGUUGGAGUUAGUAAUGUUACUGGAAACCACAAAGACGAGGAUGAUCUGUCCUUGAUCCGCAAACAGCUAGUUCAGAUUGAGAACAAGCAAUCCAGUCUGUUUGAUCUUCUGCAGAAAUUCAUUGGGAGCUCACAGGAUGGGAUGCAUUCACUGGAGACUCGUGUACAUGGUCUAGAGUUGGCACUGGAUGAGAUUUCCCAUGACUUAGCCAUGCCAAAAGCAAGGAUAUCAGGCACUGAAUUAGCAGGGAACAUGUGCUGUAAGUUACCUGGUGUGGAAUUCCUGAGCUCAAGAAUCUGGAGAACGGAAGGUCGGUACCCAAGCUCAAGGUUAUCUUCUGCUGGGGUAGCUGCGAUUCAGAACAUCGGUGAUAAAGACAGGAUAACCAGAGAUUCCGGCUCCGGGGUGGUGAUGGAGGUGGAUUUAUUGUGAAUCCACUGGCACAUAUUCACAAAGAGAUACCAUUGGGAGUUGGGACUACACCCCAACAAUCGGACCUACCACUAUUUAAAGAUACUACGUUAUGAGUGGUUUUUAACCGUGGUAGCACAAGUUCUACAUUGUAUUAUUAUCCAAUAAUGCCCAAGAGGGUUUUCAUUUGGUGAUAGUCCGAUCUGGUUCUUGGAUGGGUUUUAAUUUCAGAAAUCCAAUUUUCAAGACCAUAAUAAAAGAUUUUGAGAUUUA